AUGGCGCUAGGCCGGCUCCGAGGGCGACCCGGUUGCUCGGGAGACCCGGUUGCUCGGGAGACAGGCACCCUCUCACCCGGAAGCAAAUACGCGAGGGACCAAUCAGAAGGCACUGGCGCUGUGCGGCCGCAGCUGGGCCGUCGUGCAGCCGCGAUAGGUGAGGUCCCGGAGGGUAUCAGCGCAGUCUGGACUCCGCAGUGCUGGGCGCCGCCUCCGGACAGCAGUCCCUGGAAGCGAGUUUGCGAGCCAGAAAUGAGUUCUUCAGUAAGAAGAAAAGGCAAGCCGGGCAAAGGAAGUGGAAAAGGAUCUUCUAGAGGAGGAAGGGGAAGCAGGAGUCAUGUGAAUCAAUCUCAUGGGGCUGGCGGCGGCGGUGGUGGCGGCGGUGGUGGCGGUGGUGGCAGUAGAAAGGCUUCCAGUAGAAUUUGGGAUGACGGAGAUGACUUUUGUAUCUUCAGUGAAUCAAGGCGAUCAUCCAGACCCAGCAACAACAGCAUGAACAAAGAAGAGGGCUCCACUAAAUGGAAACCCAAGGCCAAAGUGGCCCUUCAGACUCUGCACAUGACCUCGGAGAACCAAGAGAAAGUGAAGGCCCUUCUGCGAGACCUACAGGAGCAAGAUGCCGAUGCUGGCUCUGAGCGAGGCGUUUCUGUUGAAGAGGAAGAUGACGAGCCUGAUUGCUGUGAUGACAAACAGUACUGGUUAGCUGGGCGAGAACUCGCCCUUGUUCCUGACUCGGAUGCCUUGGCAUGUACUGGCUCAGGCCCAGUGCAGCCUUAUAUUCCAGAAUUUCUGGUCUCGCCAUUUGCAGCACAAAGACUUUCCAGGUAUGGUUUCAACAUUGAACACUGUCAGGCAGCCCUGAGGAUUUGUGAUGGAGAUUUAGGGGCAGCACUAGAGCAUCUGCUCACCCAGUGUUUUUCGGAGACAUUUGGAGAGAAAGUGAAGAUCUCUAAGGCAGCUGGCCGUAUAAGCUUGUAUGAGUGUGUGGAACAGCGACAGGAAGAGGCGCUUGCUCUCAAAUCCAUCUGUGGAGAAAAAUUCAUGGAAAGAAUUCAGAACAGAGUCUGGACCAUUGGAUUGGAACUGGAGUAUUUGACAAGUAAAUUCUGCAAGUCCAAGCAAAAGGAAAGCAAAAAUGUACAAGACACUUCAUUUGAAACCUGUAAAUUUUACCUCAAAGGAAACUGUAAAUUUGGAUCGAGAUGCAAAUUCAAACAUGAAGUGCCCCCAAAUCAAAUUGUUGGAAGAGCAGAAAAAAUUGUAGAUGACUCUCAUCUUAAUGCUAAUGAAGGUGUAUCUUUUUUAUAUGAGCUUGAAAUUCGAUUUCCAAAAGACCAUAAAUACCCCUACCAAGCUCCCCUUGUGGCAUUUUAUUCCACCAAUGAGAAUCUACCUCUGGCUUGUCGUUUACAUAUUUCUGAGUUCCUUUAUGGCAAAGCCUUGACAUUUGCAGAAACUUCAGAACCUGUCGUAUAUUCUUUGAUAACUCUUUUAGAGGAAGAAUCAGAAAUCGUCAAGUUAUUAACAAAUACCCAUCAUAAGUACAGCGUCCCUCCUGUGAACUUUCUGCCAGUGCCCUCUGGGACCAGAAUGAAUAAUCCUGCCUGUCGUAAACCAGUGAUUCCAAGUAAUUCUUUUGUUUCAAGUCAAAUUCCAGAAGUUGAAAAAGAAUCAGAACCUGAAGAGGAAGCAGAUGAGGAUGAAGGUCCUGCACCUGUUAUAGUGGAGAAUGAAAGCUAUGUCAACCUUAAGAAGACUUCCAAAAGAUGUGACUGGCAGGCAAAGUCAGUUCAUGCUGAAAAUAGUAAAAUCUGCAGACAAUUCCAAAUGAAACAGGCUUCCAGACAGUUCCAGUCAGUUCUGCAAGAAAGACAAUCACUCCCUGCUUGGGAAGAGAGAGAAACCAUCCUUAAAUUGUUAAGCAAGCACCAAGUGGUUGUCAUAAGUGGGAUGACUGGAUGUGGGAAAACCACACAGAUUCCACAGUUUAUUCUGGACGAUUCUCUGAGCGGGCCACCUGAGAAGGUGGCUAACAUCAUCUGUACCCAGCCCCGACGGAUCUCUGCAGUCUCUGUUGCCGAACGAGUUGCCAAAGAAAGAGCAGAAAGGGUGGGUCUGACCGUGGGGUACCAGAUUCGGUUAGAAAGCGUCAAGUCUUCAGCCACCAGACUGUUGUACUGCACUACCGGAGUGCUGCUGAGAAGGCUAGAAGGCGACACAGCUCUACAAGGAGUCACCCACGUUAUUGUUGAUGAAGUUCACGAGAGGACAGAAGAAAGGUACGUGUUACAUGAGGGGAGCCCAUAUGUGCGCUCCAUGAAGCAAAUUGCAAAGGAAAAGCUGAAAGCGAGGCGCAACAGAACUGCAUUUGAAGAAGUGGAAGAAGACCUGAGGCUGUCUCUUCACCUCCAGGAUCAGGAUUCUGCCAAAGAUGCAGUGCCCGAUCAGCAGUUAGAUUUUAAGCAGCUCCUGGUCCGCUAUAAAGGAAUUAGCAAAUCAGUCAUCAAAACAAUGUCCAUCAUGGAUUUUGAAAAGGUUAAUCUUGAGUUAAUAGAAGCCUUAUUGGAGUGGAUCGUGGACGGCAAGCACUCCUACCCUCCAGGUGCUAUACUUGUAUUUUUACCAGGACUAGCAGAAAUCAAAAUGCUGUAUGAACAGCUACAGUCUAAUUCUCUUUUCAACAACAGACGUAGCAAUCGAUGUAUUAUUCACCCACUUCACUCAUCUUUAUCCAGUGAAGAGCAGCAGGCUGUGUUUAUAAAACCUCCAGUAGGUGUAACUAAGAUUAUAAUUUCCACCAACAUUGCUGAGACGUCCAUAACCAUUGAUGAUGUUGUAUAUGUCAUCGACUCUGGGAAAAUGAAAGAAAAAAGAUACGAUGCCAGCAAAGGGAUGGAAAGUCUAGAGGAUACUUUUGUAUCUCAGGCCAAUGCUCUGCAGAGGAAAGGUCGAGCGGGCCGUGUUGCCUCUGGGGUCUGCUUCCAUUUAUUCACCAGCCAUCACUACACUCACCAGCUGUUGAAGCAGCAGCUGCCAGAGAUACAGAGAGUGCCGUUGGAACAGCUGUGUCUAAGAAUCAAAAUUUUAGACAUGUUUAGCUCUCACAGUCUCCAGUCUGUGUUCUCCCGGCUCAUUGAACCGCCACAUGCAGAUUCUCUCCGCCUCUCAAAAAUACGACUACGAGACUUGGGAGCAUUAACUCAGGAUGAAAAACUGACCCCUCUGGGGUAUCACUUGGCCUCUCUGCCCGUGGAUGUGAGAAUCGGCAAACUGAUGCUAUUUGGGUCUAUCUUCCGCUGCCUGGAUCCUGCGCUCACCAUUGCUGCCAGCUUGGCCUUUAAGUCUCCUUUUGUAUCUCCCUGGGAUGUAAAAGAGGAAGCUAACCAGAAAAAGCUGGAAUUUGCAUUCGCAAACAGUGAUUAUCUGGCCCUUCUCCGAGCAUAUAAGGGGUGGCAGCUGAGUACAAGAGAAGGCAUGCAUGCAAGUUAUAAUUACUGCAGACAGAACUUCUUGUCGGGAAGAAUUCUGCAGGAAAUUGCCAGCCUCAAACGACAGUUCACUGAACUGUUAUCGGAUAUAGGGUUUGCAAAGGAGGGGCUCAGAGCAAGGGAAAUUGAGAAAAGGGCCCAAGGAGGAGAUGGUGUCCUAGACGCCACAGGAGAAGAGGCCAACUCGAAUGGAGAGAACCCCAAGCUGAUAUCAGCCAUGCUGUGUGCUGCUCUGUAUCCAAAUGUAGUGCAGGUGAAGACCCCAGAAGGGAAGUUUCAGAAGACCAGUACUGGAGCUGUCAGAAUGCAACCAAAAUCAACUGAGUUGAAGUUUGUCACCAAGAAUGAUGGCUAUGUACACAUUCACCCUUCGUCGGUGAACUAUCAGGUCAGACAUUUUGACAGCCCUUACCUGUUGUACCAUGAGAAGAUCAAAACUAGUCGGGUGUUCAUCCGGGACUGCAGCAUGGUGUCUGUGUACCCACUGGUCUUGUUUGGAGGAGGCCAAGUGAAUGUGCAGCUUCAGAGGGGAGAGUUUGUCAUCUCCUUGGAUGAUGGCUGGAUCCGUUUUGUUGCUGCUUCCCAUCAGGUGGCUGAAUUGGUAAAGGAACUUCGUUGUGAACUUGACCAGCUCCUCCAGGAUAAAAUUAAAAACCCGAGCAUAGACCUGUGUACUUGUCCCCGGGGCUCCCGGAUCAUCAGCAUGAUUGUGAAACUUGUCACCACACAGUAGAGACUCACCCGAGAGGAGUGCUUGCUACUCACCUGGGAAGUCACAGCAGCACUUCUACCUCAGACUGAACACCUGAGCUGGGGCUGGCCCCGGGGGCCUUGGCGGGCUCCGCGCCCCGCCCCAACGAAAGGUGGCGCUCGCUCCCAGCACAAUUUGGAGUGCCGGGGUGAGGCGGUCUCAACCCCACCCCACCCCCCACCCCCCACCCCCACCUGUCUUGUCUUCAGCUAUUCUGGAGUGAAUGAAGUUCACCUGAUAACACAAAAGUGAUGUUUGAUAUCAUUGUUUUAACCUGUGUCUUCCUUGUCUCUUGCCUUUUAUGAUGUUUGUAUAUACAUAAUCUGUAUCUUUCCUCCUGUUUUUUUAUUGGGCAUGAGAAGAAAUAGUAAAUUUUUUUUUCCUGUCAUAAUAAAAAUUCAAUUGAGAGAAGUUACAACAGAGAAAGAAAAACAAAAAUUAAAAAAUCAUGUAGGUAAGAAAAAUAAAUUUCAUUUUAGGCUAUCGGC